CGACUGUUUUGAAAAGAAGCGGCGCUAAAAAAAAAGUUCGCGUUUUAAUUAAAGGACUGUGUUUCAUUUUUACAAAUAAAAAGGGUAAUAAGAGGAUAACAUGGCUGUACUGAAACCUUACGGCAAAAUCCCCGAACUGAACACCGCCACUAUUCUGCUGGUGGAAAACGAGGAGCAGUUUCAGUCCAAGCUGGCCGACGCGAUCGUACAGCAGGAGAAAGACGUCAACGUCAACGUACGUCUGGCGUGCAGACUUCCCCUCCCCGUAGAGAACGGCGAGACGCGACCCCGCGUGGACCUGGUGGCGUUCGUGGUGAACCUGCUGUCGGAGCGCAGCCUGCAGGCGGUGGAGAGUUCCCUCGCCCACCUGAGCCACGACUACUUCCUGGGGAGGGUGUGCUUCGUGGUUACAGACGCACGCUGUGGCGCGGUGGCUCAGGAGCGUUUCCUCAGCAUCAGGAGGAUGGCGGCGUCUCACCGCUGCGCCCUGAUCUGCGCCGAACACAAGACGGAGGACGGCGUGAGCGCGGCGGCGUCCAGGCUGCUCACCCUCCUGAAGGUGUCGGCCGGCGUGUCUCCCGUGGCGACCACGGCGCUCUACCUGUCGGCGCUGACCCGCUGCACGCUGCCCUCGGACCUGGACGAGGACUGAC